UCAGCCCCGAUUAUAAACCCUAGUAAACCCUGCGUUCCUCUACCCUAUUUGUUCAUCUACGCCCUUCACACUCAGCACAACAAAGAUGGGUGGUUCAAGAAGAAAGUACAAGAGAUCCAGAACCAAGGUCCGUGUAGGGCUUCCGAAGAAGAACCCCAACGUUUUCAAACCAGCCUUCUCUAUCCCACCAAAGUUUCGAUCCAUUGUCGAUUUGUCGAAAACCAAAUGGGACGACCAAGGCAGUGUUCUUGAGAACUACAAGUCUUUCGGUGUUGUUUCGAACCCCAAUCUGCUCGGUGUUCGUUCUCGCACUUCGAAAAUCAUAGAGAGUGAAUCGCUUCAACUCCCUCCUCCCAAAUUAGAUGGUCCAAUCUCUGAAUUUGAGCCAAUGGAUUCUGGCAGCGAACUCGAAGAAGACGAUGUAAAAUCAGCACUUGGGAAAAAGCGCGUAGACGGGAAAAAAGCCCCUUUGCAACCAUUAACAACUAUGCAAAGGCUUCAUAUAGGAGCACUAGUAGAGAAAUAUGGCGAUGAUUAUCAGAGCAUGUUCAUGGAUACCAAGCUUAACAAGCUGCAGCACUCAGUAGCCACUCUUGAGAAGCUGUGCCAGAGAUAUCACAUAUGUAAAGAUAAGAAUCCAAUGCUUGUUCCCCUUUGAUUUAUUACAUGCUAGUCCCUGGAUUUUGCAUUUUACAGCAAACUCACAUUUCUUGAUCCUAGUUUUGACAUUUGUAUUGUAAUCCUGUAUGUUUUUCGGGUAAUAUAUGCAACUAUUAUUAACUUUUUUAA